AUGAGGUCAUUCUUUUCCACCGGGGCCUUCGCCAUCAGCCUUGUGCUGCCUCAUCAAUCGAACCUGACCGCCAGCACCCACUGUGGCACUGACUUGUGUACCUGGUGGCAUGACACUGGUGAGGUCAAGACUAAUUCUGCCAUGGCGCCGGACGCGGUGAGGCAGUCCCGCCAGUACCUCGUGCAGAUUAUGAAGCUCAGUGGCAACGAUGGAAACUUCCCUGAUGAUGCUGGCAUCUCCAUCGAACUCGACGAGGGUAUCAACAUGCCUUGGAGCCGAUUUGAGCAUAGCCAGGACGUCGACGUGCGAAUCCUCCGCCGCGAUAGCCAGCCCGUCGAUGUAAAUGUCACCAUUCGUCCGACAGCCCUCACUUUGACACCCAGCACGUCGCAAGCUCUCUGGUUAUCCGGGUUUCUGCGAAUCAGAACGGCUACCAGUUUUCCGUGGAGUUCGCAGACGACCUCUUCACCUACCAGUCCAGCGGUAAUGCUAUACAACCGAGAGCUCUAUGCCUUUCUCCCUGGUGACCUGGUCCCGGCCCUCGGCGGCCCCGACACCGAAGUCAUGACUCCCGGUGCCUUUUCGUUGGCCGACAUCGGCGGUGCCCCUAUUGUCUAUUUCCCUCCCGGCGUCUACUGGAUCGACUCGGAACCCUUGGGCCUUCCACGUAUCAGAUUGGAUCCCUCAAUCUACUGGGUGCAUCUGGCUCCUGGUGCCUUUGUCAAGGGUGCUGUUGAGUACACCACAGCAAACAAGGACUUCUACGCCACAGGGCACGAUGCCCUUUCUGGUGAAAUCUACGUCUAUCAAGCGAAUGCGGACAAACGGUAUGCUGCAGAGAAGAGGGAUCUCACCAGUGUGCGCAUGUGGUGGCACCGCAGGGUCCAGGGAAGCCAGGUCUGGCACAGCGCCGGUCCAACCAUCAGCUCGCCUCCGUUCAGCACGAUGAACCUGAAGGACGGCAGCACCGGCCGCGAUGACAUCUCCAUGGAAGUCUUCGACUACAAGCAAGACGCCAAAGUGCGUGGUGUUUUCUACCACUGCAAUGACGACGGGAUCAAGACAUACCAUUCAGGUGUAACAGCUACAGACCUUGUCAUCUGGAAGGUCUUCAAUGACCCCAUUAUCCAUAUGGGAUGGCAAUCGCGUGAUGUGCACAGCAUAGCGAUCGACACGUUGCGCAUCAUCCACACGCGCUACCGCAAGAGCGAAACCUACGUUCCCUGCGCCAUCAUCGGCGCCUCGCCCAUCUACAACGGAGAGCCCGCCCUCGACCCGUCCAUGGCAAUCAGCAUGAGCAUCUCCAAUGUCGUUUGCGAAGACCCAUGCCGUGGAUUAUUCCGGUUGACCCUGCUGGAGAAUUACGCCGACUUCAAGGUCACGGGCGUGCGGUACUUGGACGGACUCAUUGGCGGUAGUGCCCCGAUCGGGGACUCGAUCAUCGCCACGGCGGAUGAUACGACCUACUCUGGCUCCGAAGAUCUUAUCAUGGGUCUGCAGAUUGAGGACUGGACUGUAGGAGAGGAGAAAGUCACUAUGGACAAUCCGAAAGAUCUGGGACGCUGGAAUAUCAAUGCUGCGUUUGACGGUCAGUGGUCGAUUGUUUAG